UCCAGUAUUGACUUCAUGCGAACGCCUCAAACUUAAAAACAACAUAGCGGCCCAGCGCUCCGGUUACUCAUCUGUUUGGUUUCAACCACGCUGCGAUCCCGUUACCGGUCAUUGGAGUCCAGUGCAAUGUUUAGGUGCGCAACCGUCUCUCAAUAACGAACCACCCACUCAGCCGAAGGAGUUAGGACGUGCAUCAAAACCGCGUCCCAUCAAGGCUUUCUCUUCAACUAACGGUGUUUGCUGGUGUGCCGACAAGAAAGGAGCACCGCUCAAAGGUACACUGACACGUGAUGUUGAGCCCAUUUGUAAUGGUCGUCAGGGCCGUCAAAGUAAAUCAUUUAAUGUUGACGACCACCUCAUGGAAGAACUAAUCAGACAAAUGACAAGAAUGGUUGAUAUUGAAGAAUAUAGCAUUGAAGGGAGGAAUCUAGACGUCAACAUAGAGCCCGACACUAGCGAUGGACGAAGUAGUAGAGGGCGAAGCAUGAGUGACAGCAUGGCGGUUGAGAGUGAAUAUUAUGAAACGCCAGUCAGUCGAACCGAACAAGCCACAGCCGUGCCAAACACUGCAGCUGAAUCAUAUGUUACUGAGCAUAUACUUGAGUUGGCCAAUUCGUUGUUGGACUCACAGUUGAGCAUUGAACCACUAAAGCCCAUGCCGGUAAAGACAACACGCUGUCGAGCGCUCUCCGAAACCGCACCCUUUCCCGUAUCCUGUAAUGAACAAGGCGAAUUCCAUCCCACUCAGUGCAAUAGUAAAACCUGUUGGUGCGUCGAUGCGGCGGGAAAUCAAUUGGACACAUCGAACAUGUUUAGACCGGGCACACAUUAUUGUCCGGAGACGCCAAUAGCAUCAGUGGCGAUCGAAUUGCACAUGGUCAAUCGCACAAAUCGAAAUAUUCGCAAUGCUUACGACACCAUCCGCAGAGAGCUAUAUCAAUUGCUCGGCGAUGCUGUGGAAAAUCUGCGCGUGCAAGAAAAUUUUGAUGGAUCUGUAAUUGUUCGUUUUGAACUGCAUAAUGAGGCGAAAAUAGAUCUAGCCUUCGCCAUUGAAUCGGCCAUCAAUGCGAAUCGUUUCAAUUUAGUAGGCGGACAUUUUACACCUGAUAUUUCUAGCUCUCAUUUCAUACACCGCAGCGUGAGCUCGCCUGUCACAACUUCGGUUUCACCUGAAAGUACCAUUCAAUUGGUUCUAUUCAUUAUGGCAACCAGUUCGGCGUUUCUAGUCAGUAUUUUCGUCGUUUAUGUCAUGCUAAAACGAGGCAAACGAACAAAGAUUCUAACCGACCAUUAUGGAUAUCCGAUAUACCCUGCGGAAACGUCUGCUAAAAGUAUAGGCGGUGGUGAUAAGGCAGUUGAUUUUACAGCACCCAUAUUUGUGUUGAGCUCUCACGAUCAUGACUCGGAAAGCACGUCAAACCAGCAGCGCAGUAAUAUCUAAAAUUAAAAUUUGUUAUUUACAUACAUAUUUUGCUUCCGACCUACUGCGGAUCGAAUUGUUUCAUACCUAGAAGUUACUAAGAUAAACUUUAUAAGAAAAUUUAGUUCAAGGUUCUCACUUUGUAUUAGUGUUAAUUACUUCCUAUAACUAGUUGGGAGUCUUGUCUUUACCCACAAUCUUGAUCCUAUGGUGAGGCUCAGAUAGCAAAUAUUUAUUAAUUUACAGUCAUGUGUUAAAAACUAAGGCAUCAAAAAUAA